GCAGCAAAUCACAUUGCCUUGUAUGUACCUAUGCCACAAUAUUGCAUGAUCUGCACAUGUACCCUGGAACCUAAAGUACAAUAAAAAAGCAAAUAAAGAAAAAACACACACAUAAUAAAGAAAAAAUCCACAACAACAAAAAAGACGUGAUCUCAUUCUUCUAAGGCUGCAUAGUAUUCCCAGAAUAUAUGUACCACAUUUUCUUUAUCUGGUUUGUCAUUGAUUAAUACUUAUGGUUGAUUCCAUGUCUUUGCUACUGUGAAGAGUGCUUCAGUGAACAUUCACGUGCAUGUGUCUUUAUGGUAGAAUGAUUUAUAUUCCUCUGGGCAUGUACCUGGUAAUGGGAUUGCUGGGUUAGGUUGAAUGGUAGUUCUGUUUUUAGCUAUUUGAGAAAUGGCCAAAUUGCUUUCCACCACAAUGGUUGAACUAAUUUACACUCCCUCCAAUGGUGUUUAAGUGUUUCAUUUAUACAACCUUGCCAUCAUCUGUUGUUUUUUGACUUUUUAAUAAUAGCCAACAUGACUGGUGUGACAUGGUAUUUCAUUGUGGUUUUAAUUUACAUUUCUUUAAUGAUCAGUGAUAUUGAGCUUUUUUUUCAUAUGCUUGUUGGCCACGUGUCUUCUUUUGAGAAGUGUCUGUCCAUGUAUUUUCCCAUUUUUUAAUGGGUUUGUUUGUUUUCCUCUUGUAAAUUUGUAUUCCUUAUAGAUGCUGGAUAUUAGACCUUUGUCAGAUGCAUAGUUUGUAAAUAUUUUCUCCCAUUCUAUCUUUGUUUUCUCCCAUUCAGGUUGUUUGCAUAGUUUGUAAAAAUUUUCUCCCGUUCAGGUUGUUUGUUUACUCUGCUGAUAGUUUCUUUUGCUGUGCAGAAGCUCUUAAGUUUCAUUAGAUCCCAUUUAACAACUUUUGUUUUUAUUGUGAUUGUUUUUGUCAUAAAAUCUUUGAUCAUUCCUAUGACCAGGAUGGUAUUGCUUAGAUUGUCUUCCAGGGUUUUUAUACUUUUAGGUUUUUCAUUUAAGACUUUAAUUAUUCUUGAGUUGAUUUUUGUUUAUGGUAUAAGAAGGGAUUCAGCUUCAGUCUUAUGCAUACAGCUAGCCAGUUAUCUCAGCAUCAUUCAUUGAAUACGGAGUCUUUUCCCUGUUGCUUAUUUUUCUCAGCUUUCUCAAAGAUCAGGUGGUCAUAGGUGUGUGGUUUUAUUUAUGGGCUUUCUAUACUGUUUCAUUGAACUGUUUGUCUGUUUUUGUACCAGUACCAGGCUGUUUUGGUUAAUAUAUCCCUGUAGUAUAGUCUGAAGUUGAGUAAUGUGAUGCCUCCAGCUUUGUUCUCUACUUAGGAUUGCUUUGGCUAGUUAGACUCUGUUUUGGUUUUAUAUGAAUUUUAAAAUAGUUUUUUCUAAUUGUGUGAAAAAUGUUUUUGGUAGUUUGUAAGGUAUAGCAUUGAAUCUAUAAAUUGCUUUGACCAUUUUAAUAAUAUUGAUUCUUCCAAUCCAUGAGCAUGGAAUGUUUUUCCAUUUGUUUGUGUCUUCUCUGAUUUCUUUGAGUACUGUUUUAUAAUUCUCAUUGUAGAUUGUCAUUUCCAUGUUUAGCUGUAUUCCUAGGUGUUGUAUAUAUUUUAUUCUUUUUGUGGCAAUUGUAAAUGGAUUGCCUUUCUGGGUUGGCUGUUGGUGGUGUAUAGGAAUCCUAAUGAUUUUUAUACAUUGAUUUUAUAUCCUAAUACUCUGCUGAUAUUUUUUAUUAGCUAAUGGAGCUUUGGGGUCAAAACUGUGGGGUUUCCUAGAUAUAGAAUCAGGUCAUCUGCAAAGAGAGAACGUUUGACUUCCUCUUUUCCUAUUUAGGUGUCCUUUAUUUCUUUCUCUUGUCUGAUUGCUCUGGCUAGAAUUUCCAAUAUGAUGGUGAACAGGAGUGGUGAGAGAGGGAAUUCUUGUCUUGUUCUGGUUUUCAAGGGAAAUGCUUCCAGCUUUUACCCAUUCAGCAUAAUGUUGUCAAUGAACCCAUUGGAUGGCUCUUAUUUUGAGAUAUGUUCCUUUAAUGCCUGUCUUAUUGAGAGUUUUUAACAUGAAUGGGUGUUAAAUUUUAUUGAAAGCUUGUUUUUUGCAACAACUAAGAUAAUCAUAUGGUUUUUGUCUUUAGUUCUGUUCAUGUAAUGAAUCACAUUUAUUGAUUUGUAUAUGUUAAAUCAACCUUGCAUUCUGGGGAUGAAAUCUACUUGAUCAUGGUGAAUUAGCUUUUUGAUGUGCUGCUGGAUUCAGUUUUGCCAAUAUUUUGUUGAGGAUUUUUCAUCAAGGAUAUUGGCCUAAAGUUUUUUUUCUUUUUAUUUGUUUUUGUUAUUUUGUUAUUUUGUGUGUGUGUGUGUGUGUGUGUGUGUGUGUGUGUGUGUGUGUGUCUGUUCAAGGUUUUGAUAUCAGGAUGGUGCUGGCCUUGUAGAAUGAGUUGGGGAGGAGUCCCUUCUCCUGAAUUUUUUGGAAUAGUGUCAGUAGGAAUGGUAGUAGCUCUUCUUUGUAUGUCUCAUAGAAUUUGGCUGUCAGUCCAUCAGGUCCUGGGCUUUUUUUGUUUGGUAGCCCACUUAUUACUGAUUAAAUUUUGGAGCUUGUUAUCGGUCUGUUCAGGAAAUAAGUUUCUUUCUCAUUCAGUCUUGGCAGGAUGUAUGUGUCCAGGAAUUUAUCCAUCUCUUCUAAGUGUUCUAGCUUAUAUGCUUGGGGUGCUCAUAGUAGUUUCUGAUGGUUAUUUUUAUUUCUGUGGAGUCAGAGUUCCCUUAGUCAUUUCUAAUUGUAUUAAUUUAGAUCUUCUCUCUUUCUUCUUUAUUAGUCUAGCUAGUGGCCUAUCUAUCUUAUUAGUUUAUUUUCAAAAAAACAAAUUCCUGGAUUCAUUGAUCUUUUGAAUUUUUUUUUUUGUGUGUGUGUGUCUCAGUUUCCUUCAUUCCAGCUCUGGUUUUGAUUAUUUCUUCUCUUCUUCUAGCUUUGGGGUUGAUUUGUUCUUGCUUCUCUAAUUUUUUCAGUUGUGAUAUUAGGUUGUUAAUUUGAGAUCUUUCUAACUUUUUGAUAUGGGCAUUUCAUGCUAUGUAUUUCCCCCUUAACACUGCAUUAGCUAUGUCUCAGAGAUUCUAGAAUGUUGUAUCUUUGUUUUCAUUAGUUUCAAAGAACUUCUUGGUUUCUGUCUUAAUUUCAUUAUUUACCCAAAAGUCAUUCACGAGCGUAGUGUUUACUUUCCAUGUCAUUACAUGAUUUUCAGUGAUUUUCCUAGUCUUGACUUCUGUUUUUAUUGCACUGUGGUACAUCAGUGUGUUUGGUAUGAUUUUGGUUUUUUGCCUUUGUUGAAGAUUGUUUUAUGUCCAAUUAUGUGGUCAAUUUUUAGAGUAUGUUCUAUGUGGCAAUGAGAAGACUGUAUAUUCUGUUGUUUUCUCUAUAAAUCUUGUGAGAUCUUCUCCCAUAUUUUCUUUUUCUUUUUUUCUUCUGGGAGUAAUUUUAUACAUUCUAUAUUUAGGCUUGCUAAUUCUUUCCUAGGCUUUGUCAAGUCUGCUGUUGAAAGUUUGAAAAGGGUUUUUCAGUUCAAUUAUUGUAUUAUCUUUUCUAAGAUUUCUAUUUGGUUUUUUAUUUAUUUCAAUUUCCUUGUAAAAUUUCUCACUUUGUUCCUGGGUUGCUUUCUAAAUUUCUUUUUGUUUUCUGUCCAUAUUUGCUUGUGAUUUUCCAAAUUUCUUUAAAAGUAUUAUUCUGAAUUCUUUGAUAUUUCACAGAUCGUCAACUCUUCUGAGUCUGUUGUUUCUUUUGGUGGUGUCAUAUUCCCCUGAGUUUUCACAAUUCUGCAUCUUUAUGUUGAUGCCUGCACAUUUGAGGAGACAGCCACCUCUUCCAGUUUAUACAAGAGUUCUUUGGUUGUAGCAUACCUUUACUACUUAGCAUCAGAAGUUAAAUGCUGGCCUGUUGUUUCUUCCCAUUCUGCAGAAGAAGUAUAGUGAGCAUUGGAACUGAAACAAUGCACUGGAACUAACUCAUUGCCUUGCCAUUUUUUUUCUGGUCUGGGGAAGACUUAUAGUGAACUCUAGAACUUAAAUGCUUAUCUGGAACAAAAUCACUGACUGCCAUUGUUUUCUGCUUUGGGGAAAACUUAUAGUGAGCAUUGGAAGUUAAACGUUGCCCUUGAACUACCUUGCUGACCUGCCAUUGUUUCCCAGCAUAAGGAAGACUUAAGGAAGCACCAGAAUUUAAUCUCAACCUUUUAGUUGUUUCUGGGUCAAGGCAAGACUCCAUAGUGCACUUGUGCUUUGUGGAAUAUGUUGCCAAGAAUUCGAGUCUUCCCACAGAUUCUGCCCCCUGCAGGAAUACAGCACCAACCAGUCUCUUUAAUAUGAAUUCCCCACUGAUUGAAGUACAGAGUAGCUGCCAAGAUCCAUCUACCAGUUCGUGUAAUCAGUGCCAGCUGUUUGUCCCCAAUUUACCCCAAUUGGUUCAGUAUUCCUGACACUCCCAUUACUUCCUGUGGCACAAGACCGGAAUGGCCUUCCUGUGAAGAUUCCCAGACCUUUGGGGAAAUCUAAAGUCUACCUCCUCUUCCCUUGGAAACUGAAUCUAGAGAAAUUUUGUGUUAGGGACAUUAUGAUGGCUUGUGGGAGAGGGCAGUACAGUCCAACAUGAAUAUUUCUCCUACCAGUCAUGGCUUCUCUCAAUUCUGUUGGCCCAGGGAGUUUUUCAUUUUCUCAUCCAAGUUCUAGUAAACUAGGGAUGGUAUUCUUGUCUUUGGAUCGUUUUUAGUUAGAUUUUUGUGGCAGGAGUAAUGCCAGAUAAUCUAUUCCACCAUCUUGCUGAUGCCACUGCCAGUCUUUGCCUGUAUAAAUUUUUUGAUCCUUUCAUUGUAAUAGCCUAAUUGGGUGGUGCAUCUGUUUCUUAUAACACUAAAGUUAAUAAAAUGAAAAAAUAUAUUUCACUAGGAUCUUUAUCAAUGAUAAAAUGAUUAUAAAUAAGAACAGAAAGAAUAAUUUAUGGUACUACUUUGAUAUCUUGCCCUUAAUAGGAUAUCUAUACAUCUUGAUUCAUCCAAAACAUUUUUACUUUUACCUGUUGUCCCAGUAUCUUGUGUGACUUAGCAUUUACUGCUGUCCCUUUCACUGUUAAAUAUGUCCCAGCUUUCAUGCUAAGUUAUAUGGUCACUUUAAGAGUACUUUUUGUAUAAAAGAUGCACCUUGUCUUUUGAUGUCUUCUGUUCUUUAACUAUUGAAUAUAAUUAUUCUUAGCAAGCCUAAAGACAGAACGUAUAAAAUUGCUACAUAUAUUUUAAAUGAGUGCUUUUCUUUUGACAGCAAUAGCAAAUUUAGGUUGUAGAUAACUAGACUGUAAUUAUUUUAAUAUUCCAAGCAGCCUUUCUAAUGUUUUUUCAACAUUGCAUCUAUGUUUCAAAUAGUAUUUUAUGCACUUAGAACCAAACUUAUUUUCUCUUUAUUGAGAGACUCGGGAUGUUGGAAUACAGGGACAGAGACUCUUAUUUCAUACUUCUGGCUCCUGUGUUUAGCCUUUCCAUAAAGUGGGGGACAAUAGAAUUAGCUGAUGGGUAUAAGACUGCAUAGAUAAAUUAUUGGUAUAGUACAGUGGAAGAUUUCUGGGUCGAGAGUCAGGCCUGGUUCUAACCCUUAUUUAUAAUGGAAAAAAGUAUUUUCUAUGAGUCUCAUUUGCCUGAUCCAGCAUUGUGUGGAUUAAAUAAACUAAAAUUUGGAAGUGGUUGUGUAAUUUAACUAAAUCGCAUAUAUUAUGGGACAUGGUAUAUAUAUAUGUAAAGUACAUGACCACCAAAAGUGUAGUUAGCUUAACUAAACCUCUUCCUUCUUAUAAGUAAUAAAGCAAAUGCUAAUUAAGACAUACUAUUUGUUACAGAUUGAAAAGGUAAAUUAGUUUAAAUAUUAAGCAUCAUUUUAAAUUAAUAAUUCCAAAAUACCUAGGGUACAGUUAGUAAACACUCUAAAAUGCUGUUGGCAGGAAUAUAAAUUGGUACAGUCUUCCUGAAAGCCUUUGAUUAUCUGUAUUGUGAACCUUAAAAAUAUCCCUAGAUUUGACCUAGUAAUCUAUUCCUUAGUUAGUAUAACAUCAGUGUUAAAACUCAGUAUCUCCUAAAAACAUAUUAAUCUCACUUUUGAAUAUGUUAAAAAACAAAAUAUUAGGCAGGAUAAUCUAGUAGCACAUUUAAAAUGUCAUACAUCAUAAUCACAUUGAUUUUUUUCCAGAAAUGCAAAGAUGGUUUGAUAUUAGGGAUACUAUUAUUAAUAGUGUAAAUCUCUAUACUGAUAGAAAAAUCAUUUGUGAUUAUUUAUAUACUAGUUAGAGUGAGCCUAACUUGCUGUAAAAAGGAACCCAAAAAUGCAGUGGAUAAAUUAAAGAAGAAAGUUUAUUUCUCUCUUGCAUAACAAUCCAGAUGCAUUAGGAUGGCCCAGGGCUGGGAUCAAAUGGUUCUGUUUCAUGAGGUCACUUAGGAACCUAGGCUGACAUGUGAGAUGCCUGUCAUCCUCAACAUGCUAUAUCCAUCUCUGCUUUAAAGGCUGCUGUUCCAGUGGAUACCAUUUCUCAGCCAGCAAGAAGAGUAGAAAAAGAUGAGGAAGACUAAUGAUUCCUUUUAGGGAAUUUCCAUGGAAAUUGCACAUAUCAUUCUGACAUUUUACUAGGGAAACAGUCCUAGGGCCACACUUGGGGCAGCAGGGACCUGUUUGCAUGCACUGUGCUAAAAGUUGCAGGGAGACUAUUUUUAAAAGAAAUGAAGAAAAAAAAUGAAGAACAGAUACUGGUGAACAGUUAACAGACUAAUGGCUUUUAGCAUUAUGUGCCUAUUUUCUGUACAGAAGCCCUAGGCACUUAAGAUAUAGCAAAGAGCAAAAUGGCAUAUAUUCCUGUCCCCUCAGAACUUAUUCUAGUAGGAGCGAUACAUUGUUACCCAUGAACAUGCGUAGAAGCAACUUAUAUAGAAUUUUUACAAGUGUCAAAAUGCUAUUACGAAGGAAAUGAUAGAGAAGAUUCCGGGAGACUCUGGAGUCCCAGGGCUGGAACCAUUUUAUAUAGUAUGGCUAAAGCUGGCUUCAUCAAGAAGAUAACAUUCAAACAAAGAUGAAGAAGUUGAGUGAGGCAUGUUGAUAUUCAGGGGCAGAAAUUGCUGAUAGAGAGAAGAGCUAGUGCAGAGACCCUAAGGUAAGAGCAUGGCUGGCAUGGCUAGGGGACUUAAGGAAGCCAGUGUGAUUUGAGCAUAGUGGACAAGGGGGAGAGAGUUGGAAAUGACAUUAGAGGCAUUCUAAGGUCUUGGUCACGUGGGGCCUUUGAGGCUGUUCCAGUGACUUUGACUUUAACUCGGAUUAAUGAGAGAGUAAGAGAGUAUUAAGCCAUGAAGGGACAUGAUUUGAUUUAGACUUUAAAAGAUCAUUCUAGCUGCAUGAGAACAAAAGUGGGAAACCAAUGGGAAGGCAACUUUGAUAAUCCAGAUGAGAGGAAAUGAUGGUGACUUAGACCAGAGUGGUAGCUGGGGAGGUGAUCAUGUUCUGGAUAGAUUUUAAAGAAAGAGUAAAUAUGGUUUUCUGAUUAAUUUGAUAGGGGGCAUGAGGGCAGGAGAGUAAGCGAUAAGCUUACUGUAUUAGAGUUUUCUAGAGGGACAGAACUAAUAGGAUAGAUGUAUAUAUGAAGGAGAGUUUAUUAAGGAGUGUUGACUCACAUGAUCACAAGGUGAAGUCCCACAACAGGCUGUUUGCAAGCUGAGUAGCAAGGAAGCCAGUCUGAGUCCCAAAACUGCAAAAGUAGGGAAGCUGACAGUGCAGCCUUCAGUCUGUGGCUGAAGGCCUGAGAGCCCCUGGCAAACACUGGUUUAAGUCCAGGACUCCAAAAGCUGAAGAACUUGGUGUCUGAUGUUCAAGGGCAGGAAGCAUCCAGCAUGGCAGAAAGAUGAAGACUCAGCACAUCUGUUCAUUACACUUUCUUCUGCCUGCUUCCAGCAAUGCAGACAGCUGAUUAGAUGAUGCCCACUCAGAUUGAGGGUUGGUCUGCCUCUUUCAGUCCACUGACUCAAAUGUUAAUCUCCUUUGGCAGCAUCCGCACAGAGAUACCCAGGAACAAUUCUUUGCAUCCUUCAAUCCAAUCAAGUUGACACACAGUAUUAACCAUCAUACUUACACACAGGAAAACAUGGAAAGAAAUAUGUUAGAUCAUUUCACUGUGAGAUGGGAUAUGUGAGUUUGGAAUUGUAUUUUUCUGUAUUUCUAAAUGUUCUCUUAUUAUACACUUUAUAAGCUGAACAGUAAUGCACAGAAGUCAACAUUUUGUCAUACUGUUACCCUGUCCCUAAGUCCUAGGGCAUCUUUAGACUGCCUGCUUUCUGUUUUCUGCCCCUGGGAAACCAAAAUCACAAAGAGGUGUGCUGGCCCUUUAUCCUUGGCAUUACAUUAGCUGACAUCAGGAACUGAGCAGAGCAGUGUGAUUGUGAUGUCACUAUCUCACCUCACCUUCACCUAAGAGAUUGUGUGGGAGAGCCUCAGAGACUCCAACUCUUUGGGCCCAUGUCUAAGGAGGCUCAGAAGCUGUGCUCUCAUUAGCUUCUCAUUAGAAGCUCUGCCUGCCCUGCAGCCUGCACUGAGGGCUCUAAUCACUGCUUCUGAGCUCUUAAUGGGGGUCAAUGAAGAUGUGGGCUUAUCUGAAUUUAGACCAUCCACUUCCCAAGGAAAACCAAGCCUUGAGAUGGAUAGAGAUGAAAGAAGAGAAAGCUAAUGCCCCCAACACAGAGCAGGCAGGAAGUUUGAGGCCUCUGAGGGAUACAGGAAAAUCUAACCUCAAAGAGAAGAAGGCCAACAGCAGGCUGAAGCAGAUUGAGAAGGAAUACACUCAGAAGCUUGCCAAAUCUUCACAGAUCAUAGCAGAACUUCAGACAACCAUUUCCUCUCUGAAAGAGGAGAACAGCCGGCAGCAGCUUGCUGCAGAAAGGCGGCUCCAGGAUGUUAUACAAAAGUUUGAAGAUGAGAAGAAGCAGCUGAUUAGAGAUAAUGACCAAGCAAUCAAGGUUUUACAAGAUGAACUAGAAAACCGCUCUAACCAGGUGCGAUGUGCAGAGAAAAAAUUACAACACAGAGAACUGGAGUCACAGGAACAGAUAACUUACAUACGACAAGAAUAUGAAACAAAAUUGAAAGGGUUGAUGCCAGCAUCUCUAAGACAAGAACUUGAAGACACCAUUUCCUCCCUAAAAUCACAGGUUAAUUUUCUGCAAAAGAGAGCUUCCAUCCUUCAGGAAGAACUGACCACAUACCAAGGCAGAAGUCUGUACUGUCAGAACAAGAUGAGAGAAUUGGCACACGGUGGAGCAUGCCUGUAAUCCCAGCACUUUGGGAAGCUAAGGUAACAACAGCACAUGAGAAUGCUAUGGUUGCAGUUUCCAGGCUGCACUGUGGACUUCCUACAUCAGGUUUGAAGAUUUGGGUCUUGUAAACUGUGAGAUCAGUGGCUUUUUUUUUUAAUCCUUAAAUGUUAUUAAGAUCAUAAAAACAUGCAUCAUUCAUAUACUAGUGGGGUGGUUUUAUUUGUGUCUGCCUAAGUUAUUUUUUUAACAUUCCUUUAUUUCUGAUUUUCAUGUUUGUGUGCAUUUGAGUAUGUGCUAAGAACUGCUUAUAUUGGGCAAAGAAAUGAUUUCUUAUGAAACGCCUCGUUAAUACUUCUGCAUGGAAUUUUACCAGUUGCGUCUGAUCAAAAUCACGUUUGUAGUAUCAUAUCAAAAAUUCUAACCUGUUUACAUUGUUGUCAUGUUCAUGUUCAUAUAUUAUUAAAAUCUUAUUUUGUA